GCUAACAUCUAGUGCAUGAUUAAUGCAAGUCCUGUUUCUGAUUUCAUUUUUCUCUGUAGAGAAAUUGGGGAUGGAUCGUGGGAUUCCUGGACUGUGCCCUUAUUGGAACAGACGACCAUUGCUUGUGAGAAGGUGAAAAAUAUAAGUGAAUUAAGUGAGGGUUACAACAUAGUUGGACUUUCUCAGGGUAACAUGGUUGGUCGAGGAGUAGUUGAAUUUUGUGAUGGGGGACCUCCUGUUAAGAAUUUUAUAUCACUAGCAGGUCCCCAUGCUGGUACUGCUUCUAUUCCAUUUUGUGGAUCCGAAUGGAUUUGUGUGCUUCUGGACAACUUAAUCAAGUCAGAGAUCUACAGCAGCUAUAUCCAGGAACAUUUGUCUCCAAGUGGUUAUCUUAAAAUCCCUACUGACAUUGCUGCCUAUUUAAAAGGGUGUAGGUUCCUUCCAAGGUUGAACAAUGAAAUAAAUAAUAUGAGAAAUUCCACUUAUAAGGAACGGUUUUCGAGCUUAGAGAAGUUGGUACUAAUUAUGUUUGAGCAGGACACUAUAUUGAUACCCAAGGAGACCUCCUGGUUCGGAUAUUUCCCAGAUGGGGCCUUUGAUCCUAUUUUGCCCGCGCAAGAGACCAAGCUGUACACUGAAGACUGGAUUGGCUUGAAAACCUUGGAUGAAGCUGGAAAAGUUAAGUUCAUUAAUGUGUCAGGGGGCCAUCUGCACAUCUCUCGAAGCGACAUGAAAAAGUAUGUUGUGCCAUACUUGGAAGACGAAGCCUCAAUGCAGCCCAAGAUAGCAGAGCCUUCAUCACAUAAAUCAUUUUCAUCCAUCUGGAACAACUUCCUGGAUCUUUUCGGGCUCACAGAGCAUCGGCAAUUGGUGCUGACUGUGGUUUAAUCUGAGUAAGAACACAGGAUAUACAGAAGGCGGCUGUGAAGUGAUUGUUACUGCAUAUGUUGUUUUCAUUUUUAAACGGUAUGUGCUAUACUAGAAUGGGACUUCUUGUGUCUGUUUAUUAUGCGUCAUUGGAGAACGGAGAAGUGGGUUAUGCACUGCAGAGAGAGAGUGGCAAUUGCAUUUGACGAGGUUCUUCCAAAUGUUACUUCAUAAUUUUUUUUUCUUACGAGAUUGCUAACUUAGUGUAUCCAAAUAGCAUAAACCGAAUCGUUUUCUUUUUGGAGUGAUAAUAAAAUCAUAUUUGAGGAACGAAA